AUGAGGAGUUGUGCCCCACAACUCCCCUCGAUGGGGUGCUUCGGGUUCGUGGGGGCCCCUGGGUCCCCCGCUAGACUACGUGUUAUUGCAGCAGCUGCUGCUGCUGCUGCGUCCCUGCUGCUGCUCGCUGGGGCCCCUGUUGAGGCGAGCAGCAGCAGCGGGGAGGUCUCUUCAGCAGCAGCAGCUAGUGGUGUCUCCCUGACAGGCAGCACUUUAAGGAACCCCACAGUCUCUGCUGUCUCCGCUGUCUCCUCUGGGUCGUGGGGGGCCCCAGAAGCAGCAGUAGAUAGUAAAGGAGACGAGGCAAUGUAUGUUUUUAAGGUUUUGCAUGCGUUUGUUGUCGAAGUGUGUUCAUGGGGGGUGGGGUUGUUGUUUUCUGGGUCUAUAGGAGACGCUACGAGCCGUUACUGUGUGCGUUUGUGUGUGUGUCUGUCUCUUGUCUCUUUAUUGGGGUGUCUCUUCACCUUUUUGCGUCUCUUUUUCUCGCAUAUUCAGAAUUACUUUGAGCCUAAACUGCAGCGAAUGAUCUGUCGCAUUGGCUGCACUGUGAUGUUUUUGUCUUUUUUCUCGUCUAUCGCCUGUCUCUCCGUCCUCUUAGAGCUGAGCCCCCCCGAGGAGCCUCCGCAUUACCAACUGUCUCCUUCAUGUGGGGCCCCACCAGCAAAGGGGGCCCCAGGAGGAGACACCUUCUUAGCCCCAGUUCAGGCCCCCUUCAGUAAGCUUGCCUCUCUAGAAGAAGCAGAGGAAGCGGUAGGGGGGCCCUUCGUCUUGCCUCGGGGGGCCCCCAUAAGAGAGCUGAUGAGCGCAGAGACAGAGGAGGAGACAGCAGGUGUCUCCGCAGCAGCUUCAACAGGCGCUCCUCAACUGUCUCCUUUUGAGGUGUCUACACAACCCAUUAUCAACGGGGGCUUAGAGGCUCCAACAGCAGCCGCCUCUCUAGAGCUGCCACCAGCAGCAGCAGCAGCAGCAGCAGCAGCAGAACCAGCAGCAGCAACUGCAGCAGCAGCAGAAUACCAACAAGGGCGGAGGCGGAUCCCUUAUCGCGAGCCCUACUUCGCGCAGCAGCAGCUCUUUCUCGAGUUAGGGAAGCAGCUUGCGCAGAGCACUGCCCUCUAUUCAUUUUCAUCUUUGAUGAUAAACUCAUGUGGAGGCUUUCGUUGUCUGUCUCUAACUCUUGGCUGCGACGGCCAGGUGGUGCCCUUUGUCUUUCCUCUGUCUCUUUUUCUGUCUCCUUUUCUCCCCUCUCCCCGAGACCUUCGUCUCCUCAAACUCGGGGUCAUGCAGUUUGUCUUUGUGCUGCCUCUUUGGACUGCUGCCAGUCUCCUCGCAGACACAUCUCCCGCUGUCGGCCCCACAGGUCUUCAGCAGCAACCGACCCCACACGCGGAAAAACCGAUCCCAACGGAGACAAAGACGAUCCCCGGGGAAAUAGAGACGAUCCCUGGGGAGAGCAACACGAUCCCGAGGGGGACAGAGACGAUCCCAAGGGAGAAAAAAACGAUCCCGAAGGAGACGGAGACGAUCCCAGGGACGUCGCACUCGAUGCCCUAUUACAGCAGUAGUAUAGCCCACGGUGGGGAGACGAGAUCCUCAUCAGAAGCGAAGGCCUUGAACGGGAGUGAGGGGCCCCUGUGGGGUGCGGCGGAGACGAUCCCACGAGCGGAGGAGACGGUCCCAGAAGGCAUGGCAAGGGCGGGGUCUAGUGGGAGCACUCACGGAGACACAACCAAUGAGACAGGCACUUUGCGGGGAUCGUCUGGAGUCGAGUCUGUGUGGGGUUCGGGUGUUGCGGGGGAGGAGACGAUCCCCGUGUGGGGUGGGGAAGGGGAAUCUGGAGGAGAGGAUCGUCUCCUUCAUUUGUCUGUCCCUCUAUCUGCAGCGUUAGUGGUGCAGGGCCUUCUGGGCGUGCUGCUGUCUAUCUCCAUGCUGACAUCGAUGUUGUCUCUCUCUCAGUUUUACCUCAUUACGGAGCCCUACUUGCAGCCCUAUAAACCUCAAAGGAAAUUCUUCUUAGUACAGUUGUUUGUAUUCACAAAUAGCUGGCAGCGUCUCUUCGUAUGGGUCGCCGGUCUCCUCGGGGCCCUCCCAGGCAUGCACGAGAGAGCAGGCAUGUCUCUAGAACAGGCAGUAGACUUGUACCACAAUAUGUUGAUGGGCGUCUGGGCCUUUAUUUUUUGUGUGCUGCACCGCCGCUGCUUCCCCCCGGAUGAACAUUUCCCUGAAAAAGGAGAGGAGACAAACUGGGGAGACAAACAAAAAAAGAAGCCGCGCGCUCUGCAUGCGCUGCUAGAUGUGCUGUUUUCUUUGGAUUUGAUUACAGACGCCCAGGAGACAAUGCUGGCUCCUCAGGUGUCUCUCGAGAGGGCCUUUUCUUUGCUGCAGCAGCAAACACUCAGCAGCAGCUAUGAACGGUGGGGAGGAGACAGGGAGGAGACAGCAAGGAGCUGGGGGGUUGGUGCUGCAGGAGACACCACUCCGGGUGUCUCUACAGGAAGCACAUGCAGAACGCCUCUAAUUUACAGCCGCACGGCCUCUUUAAAAGGAGACAGUUGCUUUGGGGGCCCCACACAAACCCCUCUAGGGGCCCUAAAGGAGACAGCAAAGGAGACAGCCUGCAGCACGGAGACUGAAGCCGAUAAGGAGACACCCAGCCUCGGCAACCUGCAGUGGGGGGAGGCGCUGCAGGCCUACGAAAGGAGGUGCUUAAGAGGAGACUCUGUCCCCUCCUUAGGAGACACCCCAACACCUUGCUUCUUCCCAUGCAGAAGCAACAACAGCAGCAGCAGCAGCAGCAGCAGCAGCAGCAGCACAGCGUUCUCUUCUGCUUCAGCUGCAUUUGCUGAAGCAGCAACAUACAGCAGCUUCAGAAGCCAAAGAGCAAGAGAAGCAGCAAUGGCGCGGUUUGCUGCUCUUACUUCCCCUCAGUCUCCUUACAGAGGAGACCCUGCAGCAGCACUUGCUAUCUCCAUUGGAGACUCCUCCUCUGCUUUAUUGUGUUUCCUAUCACACCGCAUUGCACCGGCUCUUGCUGCUCACUCAAGCAGCAGCAGCAGCAGCAGCAGCAGCAGCAGCAGCAGCAGCAGCAGCAACGCUGCAGCUGAAGGGGCGAGGAGAACAUCUUCGAAUCCCCAGAUGGGGGCCCCUUUGUUUGGGUCUAGCAGAAGGACUGCAAGGAAGCACUCAGCUCCCCCUAAGGGCCCCGUACGCUUCUCACUGAAGACAAAAGGAGACAGUUUGUCUCCUUAUAGAGGAGUGCAUCGGCAAGGGGAGGGAGCAGCAGUAGAGGCAUUCACAGGAGAAGAGCCCCUUCUUCAAACGAAUUGGCGCUACUAUGGAGAGACACCCCAAAAGGAGACAGAUAUAAACCCUGCAUACAACACGAGGAGGCAGUCAAUGGGACUUGAGCUAGAAGGGCCCCCUAAAACGGGUGCUCCCUCACAACAGCAGCUUACUGCUGCGCUUCCCUCGCGGCAGCCCAACAGCAGCAGCAGCAGCAGCAACUAUGAUAGCAGCAGCUACGACAGCAGCAACAGCAGGCAACAGCAGCAGCAACAGCAGCAGCAACAGCAGCAGAUUGUUCGAUCGCCAGCCUCCUCCUGUAGGGUACAGUCCCCUUCAGGGGGCCCCCCACGGGGCCCCUCAGGGGGCCCCACAGAGGGCUCAUCAGGGGCCCCCACUGGGGACCCUCCAGGGGGCCCCUCUGGGGGCCCCUUGGGGGCCCCGGCUGAAGAUGCUGUUGGAGUGUCUCCUAGCUCGAAGCCACUUGGGGCCCCUCAGUCUGUUUGCAGCGGCUCUCAGAGCGCAGAGGCUUCAUCUGGGGAGGGUACAGGGGCCUCUGUCUCCACAUCUUCUUUAAGCAGUCUUACGGGGGGGGCCCCCGGGGGGCCCCCAGGAGGUCUGCGGAGGCCCCCAUGGGCCCGGAAGGGCCCCAAAGAUGCUGACUGGGCCCUACGAGAAGAAGAUGCUGAGGGUUGGGUGUUAGCAGCUCCCUGGGCUUUAGACCUGGGGGGCCCCCUUAGGGGGCCUCCCAGUGGGGGCCCCUCUGGGGGCCCCUCGGAUGGAGCGGGGAGGCAGGGGGGCCCCCCAAGGGUUUGGGACGGGUUUAAAGAUGUAUGCUUUGAGGCAGACUGUUUGCUGCCUCCAGGGUCUAGCAAUGCUGAGGUGUAUGCACAGCUGGUGGAGGGGUCUGUUGCUGCUGCUCUCUCUGGCUGUAAUGCUGCUGUUCUUGCAUACGGCCAGACAGCAAGCGGCAAGACCCAUACAAUGUUUGGAGGGGGGGCCCCCCAGGGGCACCCAAGGCAAUGCAGUAGCAGUAAGGGGGGCCCCCAGCGGGGGCCCCCCUCCCAGGGGCCCCGCAGAGAAGCAGAUAAGGGAGUUAUUGAGAUGGCUUUAAAUGAUAUUUUUAAAGAGAGGGAUCGAAGAGAAGCAACAGAAGAGGCCUUUGCGGUGUCUCUGUCUAUGCUAGAGGUCUACCAGGAGACAGUUGUUGAUCUGCUGCAGGAGACACUUGGAGGGAGGGGCCCCGGGGGGCCCCCUGCUCCGGGGGCCCUUCCUGUAGAUGCACGGCCUAAGAGAACCAUCGCUCUCUGCGAGAGGGCUGACGGGACGCUGGACCUGGGCACUUUGUCUUGCUGCCCUGUCUCCUCUCUUUCGGAGGCGCUGUCUCUGCUGCAGAGAGGACAGCAGCAGCGGCAUGCAGCAGCAACAGCAGCAAACGCCCGCUCUUCUCGCUCGCAUGCUAUCCUGCGCAUUGUACUAACCCCCUCAGCAGCAACAGCAACAGCAGCAGCAGGAGCAGCAGCAGCACCGCCACCAACAGCAGCAGCAGCAACAACAACAGCAGUUCGAACAGCAGAAGCAACAGCGCCAGCAGCAGCAGAAGCCCCACCCAGGGAGCGUUCUUCUGGGGAGGGGCCCCCCAAGGACAACAGUAGCUCGGGGGCCCCCCCUCGGGGCCCUCGCCGUGCUUCUGUUUUAAGUCUUGUAGAUCUGGCUGGUUCAGAGAGUGCAGGGGGCCCCCAAGGGCCUAAGGGGGGCCCCGUAACUCAGAGAGAGGGCGGCAGCAUAAACCGCAGUCUCCUUGCUCUCUCCAAGGUAGUUAAGGCCCUGACACAGCAGCAGCAGCAGCAGCAGCAGAGGCAGCAGCAGCAGCAGCAGCAGAAGCAAGAUGGUUCUUUUGGUGCUGCUGGCUCUGGGGAUUCUGAGGGGCCCCCAAGGGCCCCCAGCACAUCUCUGGGGGCCCCUACAUCUGGGGGCCCCCGUCGGCAUCUGCCUCCCUUUGUUGGUUUAAGAGAAACAAAACUAACUCGCUUACUAAGCGAUUGCUUGGGGGGUCAUUGCAAGACGUCAGUUAUUUGUCUCUGUGUCCCUGGGGUCUCCUUCUACAGACAAACUGCAGCAACUCUCACCUUCGCUAGAAGGGCCCGCAAGAUACCCCCACCCCCAGAGGAAGGGGGCCCCCAGGGGGGCCCCCAGGGGCCCCCCAAACCCAAACGACCACGCACAGCAAACUCGGAGACAGACAAUGCAGCAGCAGCAGCAGCAACAGCAGCAGCAGCAGCAGCAGGACCUGGGGGCUCGGAAGAGAGUGCGCAGGAGGGCCUUCAAGGCAGCUCCUUAGGGGGCCCCCAAGGGGGCUCCCAAGGGGGCCUCCACCGCUCUGUGGUGUAUGUCCCCACGGGGUGUCUCCAAUGCCGCUCUCUAUACAAGGCGCUGCAAGAGGCGAGAGAAGAGAUAGCCUGGCAGAGGGUUCAGUUAAGACAACUGAAGUAUGUUGUUAGCAGGGGCCUCCCAUCUGCUGCUCCUGCUGCUGCUGCUGCUGCGCCUGCUGGCGCCGCCAGCAGCGACAGCAGCAGUUUCAGCAGCAGCAGCAACAGCAGCAGCAGCAGCAGCACCAGCUGUAGCAACGGCAGCACCAGCAGCAGCUAUAGCUAUAGCAGCAGCAGCAGCAGCACCAACAGCAGCUACAGCAGCAGCAGCUCCAACAACUACAGCAGCAACAGCAACAGCAGCAGCACGCCACGAAGGACAGAAAGAGACAAACUCUGGCCUGAGUAUUCCCAGAGCUUUGCAGCAGCAAAAGAAAAUGCUGCUGCUGCACCGCAGCAGGUGCAGCAACUAAAGACAGAUUUUGACGGGGGUACUUGUUACAAACCCUCACAGCAGGGGGCCCCCCUCAACACCGGGGGGCCCCUCCGGGGGCCCCCCUUGGGGCCCCAAGGGCCCAAGGAGUAA